AUCGCAUGCUUGCGGAACAGCUGUUUGGAAGAGAUGUCUUAAUUUGUGUUCUCACCUUACUUCACAAGCAGAUAGUGAGAGAUGGGAUGAUUAUUUCUGUACUAGACUUGAGUUGAGUUAAUGUAAGCUGUCUUUCUCAUUCUUUCCUUUUGAGGUCAUACUGUCUUUAUGCUUUUAACUCUGCGUGAACCGAAGUUUGGAAGGGUGGAAAUAGGUUGUCUAAGCAGGGAAGAUACGGCAGCAUUGUUAAUCACAUACCAACAAAUUCACCAACGUGACCCAAUCCCCAAAAUCAAAGAUGGUGGACUUUUCAGUCUCUUGCAGAGUGAAGGGCUACAGUUAACAUCCAGACUGAAGGGUUACAGCGAACAUCAGCUGCCUGUUACGAACAAUUCAUAUUUCCAUUUUCAUGAAUGAAGCAGGAAGCAAAAACCAGCAAUUGGGGGCUGUUCUACAGUUCUGCAUCUUGAUAUUACAGUAUUACAAAUAUGGAUUUAGCCCUUGAAAUUUUUUGAUGUGGACCAAAACUGAGAUUUUAGUGAACAAUUUAUUUUGGCUUUUAUUAUUUGUAAAAUUAUUUUCAUGCGCUUAGAAAAAACAAAAGAGGGAAAGUGGAUUUUUAAAUUAUAUUCACUUCAGUAUUACGGGCUAAUGACUUGAUAAGGUGUGUAUAUGUAAUAUGUUACAGGUGCCACAUAAAACUUGUUCCACAUUGUAAGAAAUUGAUAUUUUAGUGUGGGAGCACCUACACACUGGAAUUUCCUGCCUACUGACAUCAGGCAGGUGCCUGCUAAAAAUAUUUUUCAUUUAGGAAGGCCUAUCCAGGUAAGUUGAAUGUUGAGGUGUGUUUAAAAACUGGUUUCAGCUGAUUGCUGAUUUUGACUAUUAUUAUAUUGUUUUAAAAAGUUGUUUUUUUACUCUUUUUAUUGAUAAUUUUCAUUGUUUUACUCUUUUGUAAACUACCUUGAGUGUUUUUUGAGAACCAAGUGGCAAAUAUUUUUUGUGAAAUGAAUAGAUAUGGAUAAACACAUGCAAAUAUAGCUACACACAUACAGAGAAAAACAACCUGACCUUUCCCUGCCUAGACUGUAGCCUACUGAUAAAGGUCAGAUUCCUAUCCAUUGUCCCACCUACUUCUGCCUCCGGCCCCACCUGCCAUCACCAUGCAGCCCCCAGAAGUCUGUUCAUGAAAUAAUAUGGUCCUCGUGAUGAAAAAAGGCUCCCCACGCCCCCUGCCAAAAGAAUUAAGGGCAGAGGCUUCCAUUUGAACAGAAAAAGUGAAACUGGAACAUGAAAGAAGCUUGAAGGUGUUUAAAGUGAACUAACCACAAGUGUUUUGGUUUGAGGGAGGGCCAGAAGUGCUGUUUUUAACCUGCUUUGCUUCUUAAGGCAGCCCUACCUCCCUGCUUCCGCUUGGCUUGGCUUUGGGUACAUGUAUCAGCAGCUGGUCCCCUGUGAGACCCAGAGUGCACCCCAGCUGAUGGUCUGCCUGCAGCCACCAGUCAUGCUCCCUUAGGGGACCUUGGGGACCUUGUCAUGAGAGAUGUGCCGCUCUCGCCAGGGUGGGACGAUGAGUGUGGCUAAGGAACCCAGGCUCCCUCGCAUCCUUGCCCUCCUCGCGCUAUGGAUCAACGGGAAGCGCCGCCCUGAGCCUUGCAGCCUCCCGCUGCCUCCCGCGAGCAACCUCAGCAACCCGAAUGACGGCUCUGUCCAAGAAUAUACCAUCACAUAUCUUGUGAAAGAGGGGUCUGAGAAGGCUGAUCCAUCUCAGUUUGAGCUUCUUAAAGUCCUGGGACAGGGUUCGUUUGGCAAAGUAUUCCUCGUAAGAAAAGUCACCCCACCGGACAGUGGCCACCUUUAUGCCAUGAAGGUCCUAAAGAAAGCCACCCUGAAAGUGCGUGAUCGUGUAAGAACAAAAAUGGAAAGAGACAUUUUAGUAGAAGUCAACCACCCAUUCAUCGUGAAACUCCACUAUGCUUUCCAAACUGAAGGGAAGCUCUACCUCAUCCUUGACUUCCUCAGAGGAGGAGACCUCUUCAUGCGCCUUUCCAAAGAGGUAAUGUUCACAGAGGAAGACGUGAAAUUCUACCUUGCAGAGCUGGCGCUUGGCCUCGGCCACUUGCACCGUUUGGGAAUCGUCUACCGGGACCUUAAACCAGAGAAUAUUCUCCUGGAUGAUGAAGGCCAUAUCAAACUCACAGACUUUGGUCUGAGCAAGGAAGCCAUUGACCAUGAGAAGAAAGCCUACUCUUUCUGUGGGACAGUGGAAUACAUGGCACCAGAAGUGGUGAAUCGCCAAGGCCACACCCAGAGCGCUGACUGGUGGUCGUACGGGAUUUUAAUGUUUGAGAUGCUCACGGGGGCUCUGCCAUUCCAGGGGAAGGACCGGAAGGAGACAAUGACUCUCAUUCUCAAAGCAAAGCUGGGCAUGCCCCAGUUUCUGAGCUCUGAAGCGCAGAGUCUCCUGCGAGCCCUUUUCAAGAGGAACCCAGCCAAUAGGUUAGGUUCUGGUUCAGAUGGUGUUGAGGAAAUAAAGCGCCACCCUUUCUAUUCCACUAUUGACUGGAAUAAACUCUUUCGCCGAGAAAUCAAGCCACCUUUCAAACCUGCCGUUGGCCAACCAGAUGAUACCUUUUAUUUUGACAAAGAGUUUACCUCACGAACACCAAAAGACUCCCCUGGGAUUCCACCUAGCGCAGGGGCCCAUCAGCUCUUCCGAGGGUUCAGCUUUGUGGCCACUGGGCUGAAUGAGGAUGAGAAGGCCAAAUCCCCACCAGUGCCUGUGCAUUCUAUGGUACAGCAACUGCAUGGUAAGAAUCACCAGUUUAGUGACGGCUACGUGGUGAAGGAGGCCAUUGGCGUAGGUUCCUACUCGGUGUGCAAGCGCUGCAUUCACAAGGCAACGGGCACAGAAUAUGCUGUCAAGGUGAUUGACAAGAGUAAGCAGGAUCCCUCGGAGGAGAUUGAGAUACUCCUACGGUAUGGACAGCACCCCAAUAUCAUCACUCUGAAGGAUGUGUAUGACGAUGGCAAGCAUGUUUACCUGGUCACGGACUUAAUGAGAGGAGGGGAGCUGCUGGAUCGGAUCCUCAAGCAGAAGUGCUUCUCUGAAAGGGAGGCCAGCUCUGUCCUGCACACGAUCUGCAAGACUGUGGAAUAUCUUCACUCGCAAGGCGUGGUCCACAGAGACUUGAAACCUAGCAACAUCCUCUAUGUAGAUGAAUCUGGCAACCCAGAGUCUAUUCGCAUUUGUGACUUCGGCUUCGCCAAGCAGCUGAGGGCAGACAAUGGGCUCCUCAUGACCCCUUGCUAUACUGCCAAUUUUGUGGCUCCAGAGGUAUUGAAGCGACAAGGUUAUGAUGAAGCCUGUGAUAUCUGGAGCUUAGGGAUCCUCCUCUACACAAUGUUGGCAGGGUACACCCCAUUUGCAAAUGGGCCCGGUGACACCCCUGAGGAGAUCCUCAUGCGAAUAGGUGGGGGAAAGUUCUCCCUUAAAGGGGGGAAUUGGGACACAGUUUCAGACGCAGCCAAGGACCUGGUAUCGAAGAUGCUCCACGUUGAUCCUCAUCAGCGCCUGACAGCCAAACAAGUCCUCCAGCACUUAUGGAUAACCCAGAAGGACAAGUUGCCCCAGAGCCAGUUAAAUCACCAGGAUGUACAGCUUGUAAAGGGCGCUAUGGCUGCCACGUACUCCGCACUGAAUAACUCAAAGCCAGGACCCCAGCUGAAACCCAUCGAGUUUUCCUUCUUGGCUCAGAGGCGGGUCAAGAAGCUCCCGUCAACCACACUGUGACAUGGGAAUGUUGGGCGCUCUCUCUCUCUCUCUCUCUCUCUCACACACACACACACACACACAGCCCGUGCUGCUUCCUGACUCUGCACAAGCUGCUCUGGACAUCCAGAGGAGCCGAAAAAUAUCACCCACCCUAGAAGUCCACUUUGAAGCACUUCCUCAAAUGCAAAUCAGGGCCAAGUGCCUUCAGGAAGACUAGCUCUUGCUAUUCCUGUGGAUUUCUUUUUUGUUGUUGUUUUAAGUGUACAGAGAGACUAUUUGUAAAGGGAUCUAUAUAGGUGAAUGACAGAAUUUGAACUUGCAGCAGUCCGUGGUGUGAUGCUAGUGACACAGGCAAUCUCCUCCACUUGCACAAAAAAAAAAGGCGCCUUGGGCAAGUUGAUAGCCCUGCAACUCAAACCUGGUACAGCUGGAACAGCAUUUGCUCCUCCCCUCUCACCAAGGUCACUCUAAUGGGGUGGCUUGUUUGUUCUUAGAAUCCCCUCUGUUUGUGCAGACUCUCUCCCUCUCUUUUACAUAAUCUAUGAGUUAUUGUGUGCAUGAGCUUCUUGAAUUUCAUGCUUCCUAUCCUCCAGGCCACGUGGCUGCUAUCCAAGAAGAUUUCAAACUGUCCUCUCUUCUUCUGUUCCCCCCCCCUCCCCAUUUGGACAUCACAAUGUCAUGAACACCCUCCCACUUGCAGGGUUCCGGGAUUACUCCUUUUUCUAUAUCCUUGAAUCCAGUUGACUCCUAGACCUCUGCCGGAUUAUAUCUAGCUUUUGAACGUGCAAUGGGCUUGUAAGAAAACUUUUCCCACUGUGAAAAUUCCAUUAUUUUUUAGGUGGGGGGGUUGUCUUUGGUUUUUAAAAACUCUCUAUCAAAUAGCACAAUCCAGAGCCUCAUGAUGCAAAGCGCAAAAAAUCAGCUUCUUUUUUUAUUAUUUAACUGAUUCUGUGGCUGGUAACUCAGGGUUUCUGUCCGAAUUUUCAAAUAAAACAUACCAUGCAGUUGAA